CGACAAGAACAGUUCUCCUUUUAGAGGGCCAAACAAACAUCAUCUCCUUUGCUAAUUGACGAUUCAUCGACAAGAACACGUAUUCCUUGGUUGUCUCCAACAGUUAGCCCAAUAUCAGCCAUGGAUGCAGCUGCAGAGGACGAGCGAUCUAUCGGCUCUGGAACUUCGGUGUCAACUGCAUAUCCGAGCAGAUUAGAUACCCCCGGAACCGAAAUCGGCAGCCUUAAUCUCGAUCCGAAUAAUGAAGUCGCAGUCGUCGGCAUGGCCUGCCGGCUUGCCGGAGGCAAUCAUUCGCCGGAAGAGCUGUGGCAGUCCAUCCUAAACAAAACUGAUGCAUCUGGUGAGAUCCCCAGCAUGCGCUGGGAGCCAUAUUACCGCCGAGACAUUCGCAAUGCCAAAAUCCUAGAUCAAACGACGAAGCAAGGCUACUUUUUAGAUCACCUCGAGAAUUUCGAUGCCGCCUUCUUUGGUGUCUCCCCAAAAGAGGCCGAGCAGAUGGACCCCCAACAACGUCUGUCCUUAGAGGUGACCUGGGAGGCUCUGGAGAAUGCUGGAAUUCCGCCGCAGAGCUUGUCCGGCACCGAGACGGCCGUCUUUAUGGGGGUCAAUUCGGACGAUUAUUCCAAGCUUUUGCUCGAAGACAUUCCUAAUGUUGAGGCCUGGAUGGGCAUCGGCACCGCCUAUUGCGGAGUCCCAAACCGCAUCUCUUAUCACUUGAACCUCAUGGGGCCUAGCACCGCUGUUGAUGCCGCUUGUGCCUCGUCGCUCGUCGCCAUCCAUCACGGACGGCAAGCGAUCCUCCAAGGCGAGAGCGAAGUCGCUAUCGUCGGAGGGGUCAACGCUCUCUGUGGGCCGGGGUUGACCCGCGUGCUUGACAAAGCUGGAGCGACCUCCCCCCAAGGCCGCUGUCUCUCCUUUGAUGAAGGUGCGAAGGGUUACGGUCGUGGUGAAGGUGCCGCCGUGGUGAUCUUGAAAAAAUUGUCGACUGCCAUCCGUGACGGUGACAACAUUCGUGCCAUAAUCAAAGGGAGUGCGGUGGCUCAAGAUGGCCGAACCAACGGGAUCAUGGCUCCAAACGCUAAGGCACAAGAGCUCGUGGCAAGAAAUGCCCUUCGGACUGCCGGGGUCGACCCUCUGACAGUUGGGUAUGUGGAAGCUCACGCCACGUCGACUCCGCUGGGCGAUCCUACUGAGGUCAACGCAAUCGCAGCAGUUUACGGCAAAGACCGACCGCAAGAGAGUCCUUGCUUCAUCGGCUCUGUGAAGCCGAACGUGGGUCAUUUGGAAGCCGGCGCUGGCGCUGUCGGAUUCAUCAAAGCGGUCAUGGUGGUUGAAAAGGGGAUUUUGCCACCACAGACCAAUCUGAAGACACUCAACUCUCGCAUCAAAUGGGACGAAGCCGGGGUGAAGGUCGUCCAAAAGAUGCAAGACUGGCCCGGGUCAGCAGACGAGGUCCGCCGAGCGGGAGUUUGUUCUUACGGAUAUGGUGGCACGGUUUCCCAUGCGAUUAUUGAGGAGUUCGUGCAACAGCUCCGACUGCCGACCACCGUCAUGAACGAUGAAGAGCCCCUGCCGCAGGUCCUUCUUCUGUCUGCUCCUCAAGAGAAACGCCUGGCUCUCCAGGCCCAGAAACAGGCCUCCUGGAUUGCCAACGAAGGUAGGAAGAGGACUCUGGCAUCGAUAGCAACGACCCUGAGCACCCGUCGUGGGCACCAUGACUACCGAGCUGCCAUCAUCGUGGAUAACCAUGAUGAUGCCGUGGAGAAACUAUCCGCGAUUGCGAGCGACAAAGCAAUCAACUGGGUCACGUCAAGCCGCGUGCUCGAUAAAAGCUGCUCCAAGGAUGUGGUAUGGGUUUUCUCCGGUCAUGGCGCCCAAUGGGCCGCGAUGGCUACCGAUUUACUUAAAGAAGUUGUGUUUUACCAAACCAUUAGCUCUCUAGAAGCCCUUGUGGAGCGUGAAAUGGGUUUCUCUGCCUUGCAUUCUCUUGCAAGUGGCGAUUUCGAGUCAUCCAUUAAGGUUCAAGUGCUCACUUACCUUGUGCAGGUGGGACUUGUUGCUAUCUUGCGCUCCAAGGGACUGAAGCCCCAGGCUGUAAUUGGUCAUUCCGUGGGAGAAAUUGCUGCCUCAGUUGCUGCUGGCUGUAUCACUGCAGAGGAAGGCGCAUUGAUUGUCACCCGGAGAGCGAAUCUCUAUCGUCGUGUGAUGGGAACUGGCGCGAUGAUUCUUAUCAACAUCCCAUUCGCGGAUAUGGAGAAAGAACUACAAGGCCGGACGGAUCUCGUCGCUGCUAUUGACUCCUCUCCGUCGUCAUGCGUUGUUUCCGGUACCACCGAAGCCAUUCUGGCGCUCGUGGAAGACUUAAAAUCUCGCGGUGUCAAAGCCCUCAGGGUUCAGACUGAUAUUCCCUUUCACCACCCGAUGCUGGAUCAGCUGUCAGAGCCAUUACGAGAGGCCCUGGAAGGCUCGCUGUCGCCACGUAAACCAAGAGUUACACUCUAUUCGACCUCUGCAAUGGACCCACGCAGCACGACGGCUCGGGAUAUUCAUUACUGGACCAGCAAUAUGGUCAAUCCAGUGCGGUUGACUGCAGCAGUGGGGGCUGCAGUUGACGAUGGGCUACGAUUAUUUUUGGAGGUUUCUACCCACCCCAUUGUGUCUCAUUCUAUCCGAGAAACCAUGUUGGAUCUUGGUGUGGAAGACUUCACUGUUACCAACACGAUGGCCCGCAACAAACCUGCUGGCAAGACCAUUCUGUCCAGCAUCGCGCAGCUCCACUGCCGGGGAGCCGUCGUCAAUUGGAAGAAGCAGUUGCCGGGUCCCUGGGCUUCUGAUGUUCCCUUGACCAGCUGGGAUCACAAGCCUGUUUGGAGGCAGAUUCACACUGGCCCUUUGAGUGUCUCGACACUGCAUGACGUGGACAAACACACGCUUCUGGGCCAGCGCGUUCCCGUUGCGGGAGAGAGAACUAUAGUGUUCACCACGCAGAUGGAUGACCAGACCAAGCCUUUUCCAGGAAGCCAUCCCCUACACGGCUCAGAGAUUGUUCCCGCAGCUGCCCUGGUCAAUACCUUUCUUCAUGCCACCGGGGCUAACACCCUCUCUAACAUUACCCUUCGCGUGCCAGUAGCUAUCAGCCAACCGAGGGAUAUCCAGGUGGUAGUGUAUCAAAAUCAAGCCAAGAUUUGCUCGCGUCUCACCCAGAAGACGGACACUGAGACGGACGAUGGCGCUUGGCUGACACACACCACGGCGCAGUGGGGGACCGGUGGCAACAGUACUCUUUCUGCGCAGAUCGAUAUUCCAGCCAUCAAAGCUCGUCUCACCAAUAGCAAGCUGGCAGACAAUUUUUCCAUCGACUAUCUGGACAAGGUCGGCGUUUCCGCCAUGGGCUUCCCCUGGGCAGUUACAGAGCACUAUGGCAAUUUGCAAGAAAUGAUUGCUCGCGUUGACGUCGCCCCAGACGUCGCACCCGGCAGUCCCCUCCCGUGGGACGCUUCGUCUUGGGCCCCAAUCCUCGACUCAGCCACGUCCGUGGGAUCCACGCUGUUUUUCGAUCAACCUCGCCUGCGCAUGCCGGCUCACAUUCACGGUGUCCAGGUGUAUACCACGCAGCCGCCACCGAAAGUGGGUUAUUUGUAUGUGGAAAAGGCCACAGACCGGGACCUGGCGGUGAAUGUCAGCGUCUGCGAUGAACUCGGCACGGUUUUGGCUCACUUCGAAUCCAUGCGGUUCUCCGAGAUCGAAGGCACACCGGGCAGCAACGGCAGUGAGGAGAGUUUGGUACAUCAGAUAGCAUGGCCCCCUGCCGCCUACAGCGAGAAACCGCUGCCGAUUGGCAAAGUCGUACUCGUUUCCCCAGAUAAGGAACUUGCAGACCUCUACGCUGAGUCCUUGAAAGACCGUAUCUCGUCCUUGACGAUGUUGGAUGGUGCGGCCGAUCUGCUUCCCCUCACACAGGAUCCGAAUAGUGUCCUACAAGGAAAGGAGACGGUGGUCGUGUACGUCCCCGGUCGCAUCCAGGGCGCGGAUGCCAUCCCGACUAGUGCCCAUACUUUCCUGAUGGAGCUGCUACUUCUAGCCAAAAUACUAGUCAACAACUCCUUGCCGGCGAAGCUCUUCGUGCUGACAGACCGUGUUUCCGAAAGUGAGUCUGCCACAGCUCUCGCACAGUCUCCGAUCCACGGUGUCUCCCGCAUCAUUGCCUCGGAGCACCCCGAUCAAUGGGGUGGUUUGAUCGACGUUGAAUUGCCCGGUAAAUUCCCACUCGAGACGAUGAAGUACGUGCAGGAGGCCGACAACAUCCGUAUCUCCGACGGUAUUCCCAGGAUUGCUCGUCUGCGCCCGCUUCCUCGCGACAAGCUCCUACCGUCUAGCGAACAAGCUAGUCUACUCCCCCGACCGGAAGGUACAUACUUGAUCACGGGUGGACUGGGCGCUCUGGGCCUGGAGGUCGCCCAAUUCUUGGUGGAGAAAGGCGCUCGCCGGCUCAUUCUCGUUUCUCGCCGCUCCCUGCCUGCUCGCCGCGCGUGGCCAGCUAUCCUUGCGGAUUCAUCAUCCUCCUUGUCGACGGUGUUGGAAGCAAUCCUACGCCUGGAAGGGCAGGGAGCUACGGUCCAUACGCUUGCGGUGGACAUUGCCUCCCCGGAAGGCGCCUCUCAAUUGACUGCCGCCAUCGAUGCGCUUUCGCUUCCUCCAGUCCGCGGCGUGGUCCAUGCAGCAGGCGUUCUAGAAGAUCAGCUAGUGCUCUCCACCACGUCGGACUCAUUCGAGCGCGUGCUCGCGCCCAAGGUUACCGGAGCGUUAGCCCUUGGUACUGCAUUCCCCGUCAAGACACUCGAUUUCUUUAUGCUUUUCUCCUCGUGUGGACAACUACUCGGCUUCCCAGGCCAAGCUUCCUACGCAUCUGGAAAUGCCUUCCUAGACGCAUUCGCCACAUCCCGCCGACUCCAAGGCGACAACGCUGUAGCUGUGCAGUGGACCAGCUGGCGUGGCCUCGGCAUGGCAGCCAGUACGGACUUUAUCAACGCGGAGCUGGCCAGCAAGGGCAUCACGGAUAUUACGCGCGAUGAAGGCUUCCGCGCCUGGAUGCAUGUUUCCAAAUAUGACAUUGCUCAGGCUGCCGUCUUGCGCAGCCUGGCCUUCGAGGCCGACGAGCCGCUUCCCACCCCGAUACUGGGGGAUAUUGCCAUCCGCAAGGCUGGCAUCCCCUCGGCUGGCGUAUCUGCUGCUGCUCCGAAGAAUACGAAUGAAAUCCCGGCAUCAAUCCCCGAGCGUCGCACAUGGUUGGAUGGACGUAUCCGUGAAUGUGUGACCCGGGUCCUUCAGCUGGGUAGCAGUGACGAGGUCGAUUCCAAGGCCGCCCUGAGUGACCUAGGAGUUGACAGUGUCAUGACAGUCAGUUUGAGAGGCCAGCUGCAGAAGACAUUGGGAGUUAAGGUGCCACCCACAUUGACUUGGAGUUGCCCGACUGUUGGACACCUGGUGGGAUGGUUUUUGGAGAGGAUUUGAAAUUGGGCCGAAAUGGCAUUUAUCCGUAUAUCCGUCUCUCUGUCUCUCUCUCUUGUCUUUUUUUUAGUGAGAUUAGAUUGUUUGCUAUCUGUCUUCUUGCAUUGUAUGUUUUCUGUCAAUCAAUUUAAGAAACCUACUUAUGUGUUAUAGAAC